AGAACAACAUGGCCGCCAGUGCAGACGACAGUUGUAGUUCUUCCCUGUCCGACGUGUUUCAGCAGGCGGUGGACCACGUAGCGACCAUAGCGCCGCAGCUCAACGGUGAUCAACUGUUGUACCUGUAUGCCAGGUAUAAACAGGUUAAUGUAGGAAAAUGUAACAUUCCCAAGCCGGGCUUCUUUGACUUCCAAGGAAAACAGAAAUGGGAUGCAUGGAACAGUUUAAAGGACAUGGAUCGGGACCAGGCCAUGACAGAGUAUGUGGAUGGUGUGAGGAAAGCAGAUCCUACAUGGGAACCAAGAGAAGGAGGAGAUUCCAAGAAGAGUACACUCAUGGGCCCAGUAGUUAGUACAAUGUCAUUUGAAGAGGAGUAUAUAAGUGACAAAAACAAGACAGUGUUUGAUUGGUGUAAAGAAGGAAACACUAAGCAAAUGGCAAGGCUGCUGUCCAAUGGGGAUGUAGAUAUCAACCAACAGGAUGCAGAGGGCCUGUCUCUCUUACACUGGGCAUGUGACAGAGGACAUGAAGAUGUUGUGAGAGAAUUACUACAACACAAGGCAAACAUCAACAUCCAGGAUGAAGAUGGACAAACACCUUUGCAUUAUGCUGCUACCUGUGAGUUCCUCAGUAUUGUACAGCUGCUGUUGGACAGCAGUGCUGACCCCUCCAUACCUGACAGUGAGGGCAGCCUUCCCCUGGACAGCACAGACAGCAAACAAAUCAAGGAGCUGCUGACUCAGUGGACAGCAAAGAGUCACACAUAGUAGUACCAGAAAUCAGAACUAUGUAAAUUUUAUCUGAAUAUCUUCCAGACUUUUUCCACUUUCUGCACAGUUCCACAUUUUCACUUUUCUUCCAAGUUUUUGAACAGAACACAGGGAACAUUGUGUGUUUCUUAUAAAUGCAUCAAAUGAAUUUGACUUGAAACACUUAACGUUAUAUGUAUUAUCCAAGGGCACAGUUGACGGUUUUUGUGAACAGGCCUAUAGGUCAUGUAAUUGCUUUAAUAAAGAU